AUUUCUCUGUGACCCAAAGUUCAGUGAUGAAGAAGAUCUGGAGGAGAAGUUGGCAGUGUUCAAAGAGAAGUACAUGGAGUUUGACCUGAACAACCAAGGUGAGAUCGAUUUGAUGUCUGUCAAAAGGAUGAUGGAGAAGUUGGGGGCUCCCAAGACCCACCUAGAACUGAAGAAGAUGAUCUCUGAGGUGACUGGAGGGGUCAGCGAGACCAUCUCGUACCAGGACUUUGUCAACGUGAUGCUCGGGAAACGCUCUGCUGUGCUUAAACUGGUCAUGAUGUUUGAAGGAAAAGCCAAUGAAAGCAACCCAAAACCUUCUGGUCCACCUCCAGAGAGAGACAUAGCCAGCCUCCCUUGAAGAGGCCAGGCUGAAAAACUGGCACUGUUUGCUUUGCUGGUCUGUAACAGGUUUACCUGUGCUUUGUUACUCUUUACUGUGGACAGUCCUAGUUUUCAACUAACCUGCCUUAGAGGAACAGCAAGGGAAGCUGGAGACCCCAGCUCACGUCUUUCUGCUGCAUCCCUUAGCCAAGUUGAUCUGUUAGACAGAAGCUGUAGCACCAAGUGUAAUGUGAGACCAAAACAAAACAAAA